AUAUGCUUAGAGUUCGGACCUACUUUCAGAUUUGCAGCCGAAGAAGCUUUAAGAUUUUUUAGUUUUCAGUUUCUCAGCGAAACCACCAGAUUUGGGGAUAAAAUUAGGGUUUUUGGAUCUCCAGAACAAAAAAGAAUGGGAGAAUCAAUUUGCUUUGUGAGAUCUUUCUCGCAAGCUGCAGAGUUUUCAUCGCAUCAAAUCAACAACGAGGUGGUUCCUAAUCGUGUGCUUACGGAAUCGGUAUCGUUUGGUAGAUUUGCGAAUGAAACACUAGCGUGGGAGAGAUGGUCAGCUUUUACUCAGAAUCGUUACUUGGAAGAGGUUGAGAGGUUUACUAAACCUGGUUCUGUGGCUCAGAAGAAAGCUUUCUUUGAAGCUCAUUUCAAGAACAGAGCUUCCGGGAGAGUAACGGAGCCGAAAAAGAUCGAAGAAGUUGAAACCGGUGAUGAGAUUGUAUGUGAGAUACCAAAGGAUAUUCUCGUUGAUUCAGAAGUAACACUAGUGGUGUCUAACGGUGAGGUGGAUGAAACAACUGAUGUGAAAACUGGUGAAGUGGAGAACUUGAAGUCAGUGGUUGUUCUUGAAGACAAUGGUCUUGAUGAGGAGAAUUCUACUUCUUUGAGCAAAGAAAGACCUCCUAGUUCUUCUGAAUCGAAGGUCUCAAGUUCAAAACUGGAACCUUCCGUUGUUAUAGAACUGGAUCAUUCACUUAACAACACUAGAAAAGAGUCAUCCUUGAGUAGUACAAGGUCACUUAGUGUAUCGAAGAACCGAAGUAGAUCACCUCCUGAAUCCGUUCAAAUGUCAAUCAGCUGUGCUCCUUCUGGUAGUACCGACAAAAAAAUUGUCAGGAUGCCCCAAAACGGUGCUAAGAGUGCAGUGAAAGCAGACAAGAAGAAGAGAUCAUGUCCAAGUUCAGUUCACAUGUCACUCAAUUUUGCUUCUUCUGCUCGUCAUACGACCAAAGCAGCCUCGAAAACCUUGGUAAGAAACUCCACUACACAGGAAACAACUUCAUCAAAUGCUAGAAACAAAGUUUUCCCAAAGACAAACGAACCAACGGGAGCUUCAAAAAGCCGCAAGAGACCAUUGUCUCAAACAUCCAAAGAAGGUUCUAAAGCUGCAAAAUGUUCAACCAGUGCCUCUGCUGUCACGAUACCCGAACUUCCUCCUCUCAGUAAGCAGCUAUCAGAAAACAAAAGGAAAAACAUAACUGUAGGGAGAUUAAUUUCAUGCAGAAUACCCAACAAUGUGCAAAAACAACCCCCUGUCGGCUGUGAAAAUCUUUCAACUCAUAGCAGAAGCAAAGCAAAGUCUUUGACUGUAUCUUCUCCCUUCAUCUUCAGAAGUGAUGAAAGAGCAGAGAAGAGGAAAGAGUUCUUCAAGAAGGUAGAAGAAAAGAACAAGAAAGAGGAAACUGGAAAAGAUAAAUUUUCUUGCGGCUUCAAGGCAAAUCAAAACACUCACUUAGCAUCUGAAGAACACAAGAAGAACCCACAAGUUGGUGGUUUUCAGGUACCACCGAUAACCAUGACUUCACCAAGAUUCCGCAGGAACCAAACUCCAGGAAAAAAGAACAUAAAAACUCCCCAUAAAGCUUCCUCAAUGAAGAUCAUAAACACCAAAAAAGUAGUCAUGGAGAAACAAAAAAGCAGCAAGAUUCAUCCCUCCUCCAAACCACAGACACCAAAAAAAACUCAAGAAAAUAUGUCUCCUAAUAUUCUACAGAACUAAGGUACAUACAUCAGAGACAAACCCGAUCAAUCAUUCCUCUUCUUCAAACCUCUAGUUCAUCGUAAAGAUUCGGCUUUUCGCGUUGAAGCUUCCGAAAGUUUUGUCCUUUCAGCUCGUAAUCUCAUCUCAAGCUUAUGGUAUAGGUAACUAGCCCUUAAUUGAACCACAAGCUUUUAAGGAGCUGUGUAGAAUAGAUAGAACUCUCAAGUCUUCAUACAACUAUGUACUCAAUAGUUCUGUUGUCUCAAUCUUGUAUCAUUUGUCUACAUAGAGAUAUGAAAUAAAGAACACAUUUCAAGGUCUA